AUGCGUCAGCUCCACGAUAGCAUGAUGACGCGAGUCACGGAUAAUGGAACUGUCUCAGAGACAUUCGCAGUGACCAACGGAGUGAAGCAGGACUGUGUCCUCGCGCCUUCCGUCUUCAGGCUUAUGUCCCCUGCUAUGCUAAUGGACGACUACUGCGAAGAACGUCCCGGGAUCUGCGUCGCCUACAGGACGGAAGGCCACCUCUUUAAUCAGCGGCGGAUGCACUUCCAGUCGCACGUAUCCACAAGCACCGUUCACGAACUUCUGUAUGUCAUUGGCUGCACCCUCAAUGCAACUACUGAGGGAACUAUACGAAGGAGCCUGAAUCUCUUCUCUGCCGCCUGCGACAACUUCGGCCUGGUCAUUAACACGGAGAAGACGGUGGUCAUGCACCAACUGCCACCCAACACAGGCCACAAUGCGCCGCAAACCAGCGUGAAUGUAACUCAAAUGCCAGUGGUGGACAACUUCCCGUAUCUGGGCAGCACCCUCUCCCGCAGCACCAAAAUCGACGAUGAAGUGGCCCGCCGGAUUUCUAAGGCCAGUCAAGCCUUCAGUAGUCUUCAGAACAGAGCUUGGAAUCAUCACAGUCUUCAACUCAGCACGAAAAUAAAGAUGUACAAGGCUGUCAUCCUACCAACGUUGCUGUAUGGGGCAGAGACCUGGACGGUGUACAUGCCGGAGGCACGUAGACUCAACCACUUCCACCUCAGUUGUCUUCGCAGAAUACCGAAGCGGAGGUGGCAGGACCGGAUCCCGGACACGGAUGUACUGGAGCGGACGGGAGUCCCCAGCAUCUACGCUAUGCUGAGACAACUACGGCCACCUCAUACGGAUGGACUAAGUGCGGCUACUCGAACGACUCUUCUAUGA